AUGAACCUCCUCUGCACUUGGAUAACUAUUUUUAUCCGAUUUUUGGUCUACAGCGAGGCCUAUGAGCAACUCCCUGUAUCCACUUUCGGGAGUACAACAAACUUCAGCGGCAGUGGCGUACAAUACUCAGGCAACGUCGGUAUUCCAUACGGAAGCAAUAUCAUUGAGGUGUCUCAUGACGUCGCCAAUCAAUAUAAAUAUGUUGUGAGAUUUGAGGGACCAGCCACGGGGGGAAAUUGGACCGUGGUCCUUUGGAACAAAAUUGGACCCGAUGGUUUGCUCAGCGGCUGGUAUGGGCAUGGCUGUAAAAUGUUCACCCUAGCAUCCGGGCAAUACCGGUACAUUGCGAUUGAUGAGGACUCUCAAGGUGGAUGGGCUGCUGCUCCAGGAGUUUCUAUACCUGUCGAUUUGCAAGGCGGUUAUGCUUCAACUUGGGGCGAAUUUGACUUUGGUUCAUCCAUUAACUCUGGUUGGUCAGGGUUUGAUGUGUCCGCUAUCGCUGCACAGAAUGCGGGUCUAUCGGUGCAAGGGAUGAAGAUCUGCGACGUCCUCACAGCCAUCUGCUCUUAUAUCACGAAAGAUGCCGCCGUUGUUCAUAACGCCUACAUACGUUCCCUUGCCGGAGUGGGAGGUAUUGGGGGCAACCUUUCGCCUGGGCCAGUCAGACUCGCAGUCACCAUUGAUUAUGAUGCAUCCUCUUAG